AUGGAUAUAGAAUGCGAUAACGUGAACCCCGCCCUGUCAAUGACCACACAGGUCUCUUCCAUUUUGGUUCUGUCACACGUUUUUCAAAUUUUCCUCAAGCCGUUGGGCCAACAUGCUCCUGUUGCUCAGAUCCUCGCAGGGUUCCUCCUUGGUCCAUCAGGCUUAUCAAGAUCACCCCAAAUACGAAAAUUCUUUUUUGAAAGUUUUGUUAUUGAUUUCUAUGCAAGUUUGACUCUCUACAGCAGAAUUGGUAUUAUGUUUCUCAUAGGCCUUGAGAUGGAUAUAUCUUAUAUAAUGCAUCACUUGGGUUCAACAAGCAUCAUCGCGUGUGGUGGUUGUUUAAUGUGUACAUUAUUUGCAACAGCUAUUUCCUUUUUUGUGUACGAAGAAACUGGAUCUCAGGGGUCACGGGUCAUGUUGGCAUUAGUGCUUACAGUAAUUUUAGCAAAUACAGCAUCUCCUAUUGUGUUUCGUUUGGUAGCAGAUCUAAAGUUUACGACCACUGAUCUUGGACGACUGGCCAUAUGUUGUUCUUUGAUCUCUGAUAUGUAUUCUAUGUUUAUUUUAAUUAUAAUUACAGCGGUAAAACACAAGAAUACAUUUCGUAGUUGGAGUCUGAAGGCACUUUGUUCCCUUCUGCUUCUUGUGGGGAUGGUUGUUUUCAUCAAGUACUUGGCUAAUUGGCUUAAUAAUCAUAACAGAAAUCGAAAGAACAUUAAACCUCGUUAUGUUCUGUUUAUAUGUAUAAUGGUUGUAUCUGCUGCCAUGACCCUAGAAACUAUGGGAUUUAGCAGUGUGAUAGCGUGUUUCAUUAUGGGCCUGAUGUUUCCUAGGCAAGGAAAAUCAGCGCGUACAAUGUUGGCCACUCUGACAUACGCAGUUCACAACUUUAUAUUUCCCAUCUACUUUGGCCUUACCGGAUUCAGAGCAGACAUACGGUAUUUCAAUAACCCAAAAAACAUUGCCAUUGUUGUCAUGGUAAUCGUGUUGAGUAUUGGUGGAAAGAUUACCGGUACGCUUGCUGCCUGUCGGUUCUUAAAGAAACCACUAAACAAAGGUGUUCUCCUCGCUAUUCUAUUCAACAUGAAGGGGCAUAUAGAUCUUUUGACAUUGACAUCAGCUUUGCAAAAUAAUGCAGUGACGAGUAUGUUGUUCUAUAAUUUGAUGCUUAUCGUUAUCGUCAUUAGUUCCAUACUCUCAUCUGUAGUAGUUAGUUUAUUAGUGAAAAGAGAAGGUGAAAUCUUCGGCAUCAAACACAUACCAAUGGAAUUUCAUAAUCCUAAGAAGGAACUAAUACUACUGGCUUGUGUACAUAGUCCUCGCCAGGUCUCUACUGUGGUUGGGCUCAUUGAAUCACUCCGAGGGUCUGACAAAGUUCCAAUUUCCCCUUAUAUAAUGCACCUUGUUGAGCUUCCUGAGAAAACAAAAGACAAGUUACCAGAUUUUAUUCAUCAAGAAGAAGAACAUAGUGAUGAAGAAGACUAUGGUGCUGAUGACGCAAUGGAAAUAAACGAGGCUGUUGAUAUUUUCAGCUCAGAGAUAAAAAUGAUUAUCCAUCAAGUUAAGACCGUAUCACCCCAUUCAACUAUGUUCCAAGAUGUUUGUCAAUUUGCAGAGGAUAUGCGUGCGUCGAUCAUAAUUCUUCCGUUUCACAAGCAUCAACGGAUAGAUGGAAAAUUGGAAAAUAAUAAGAAGAGUAUACGGAGAACGAAUCAGAAAGUCUUAGGUCAAGCACAAUGUUCUGUGGCAUUUCUUAUAGACCGUGGACAUACUUCCAAGGCUUCACAGGUUGCCGGCUCUGAAUCUUUGCAGCAAGUUGCAACUUUGUUUUUUGGUGGACGAGAUGAUCGUGAGGCGUUAGGACUUGGUAGACGUCUUUGCAUGCAUCAUCAUACGAGUCUCACUAUUAUCCGAUUUCUCCCAACAUCAAAACAGGUCGUCAACGUUGGAAAUAAUGUUACCCACAAAGUAGAUGAUGUUCAUGAAGCUGCACUAAACAUUGAAGCAGAGACGGAUAGAGCAGACAGUUCUGCCCUUAAAAAGUUUUACCACGGUUAUGUGACAUCGGGCAAAGCAGGAUUCGUAGAGAAGUAUGUGGAUAAUGGUGCACAAACUGCGAUGAUCUUGAGAGACAUGGCUGAGAUGUACUCAAUGUUCAUAGUUGGGAAAGGUAGUGGGAGAAUAGACUCCCCUCUCACUACCGGAAUUAGUGAUUGGGAAGAGUGUCCCGAGCUAGGACUAGUAGGCGAUUUCUUAGCUUCUUCUGAAUUCAACAAUAGUGGAUCAGUUUUAGUCAUACAACAACAUGUUCCUUCAAGAGGUGACCCUGAUGAACUUUAG